AUGGCAGCUCUUUUACAAUCAUCUGAGAAACGUAUAUUAUCGGCACGAGAUGUCGAGGAUGAUACCGGAGAUAAUAUUGGACGAGAAAUAUCAUCUUUGGAACGUGUGAUAGAUACUGCAAUGACUGAUAUCGCAUCAGAAAUAAACAAGAAAUAUGUGGAGUGUAUCCCCGAUUUGGUUACAACUAAUAAAUUACUGGACACCAUUCGUUCCACCUGUAGUACCGUAAACCAUUCAAUCAAUUCAAUUUCUAACAAUGUAGAAAAUAUAACGAAGGAAGUUGAGUUGAAUAAAAAAGAAUUGGAAAGAUUAGGAUGUAUAAAAGAUUGGAAACUGAAAAUGCAUUCCUUAGAAGAAAUUGAAUCACUGAUAUGUCAGUUAUGGUAUUCGUCAAAUGAAGAAAACUCUUUAGUCAACGCACAACUGCUUGUAGAGCUGGAAACAAAGUUAAAAAACAUCUUACAGGAGAAUGAAAUUGUCGAUAAAGGAUUCGCGGAGCGCAUUGGUCCAGCACUGAAAACAGAAAUUGUGACGCUGCGACAAAGUUUGACUUACAUGUUGAACACUUUCUGGGAUCAAAUAUUUUCUUUACGAGAGCUCAAUAAUAAAGUCAUUUUGCAGUUGACGGCAUCUAGCUGUGAUGCUUUGAACGAAAAGCUCUCUGCAAUGGAUAUUUUAAAUUUAAUCGAUGCAAAGGUUGGGAAACUGUCAUCUAUACUCAUGCAUCAUUUUUGUAAGAGAUUGAUUGCUGCGAAAGAUCCUACAGAAAUUAUUAUUUAUCGUGAUGGCACUGCUUUUUCGGGACAUGAAUAUGUGGUGCGCAAAGAAGCACCAGUAGAAGAUGGAAAAAGAAAACGUCCUGAUCCAGAGAAAGUUCUUCGCGCAAUGCUGGAAUUAUUCAAAAACCUAGGCAGAAAUCUUGGUGUAAUGAAAAUAAAUGGAAAAAAUAUGGUGCAGUUGAUUGGUGACAAAAUAUCAAACGAAAUCGUUCAAUUGUUAGUCCAUGAAUGCCUUACACCAGCCAUUCCCUACGAUUCAAAAGAUAAACCUGCAUUUGAGACUCUCCUGACAUCAACAGAUCAAUUUAGCGAGGAGAUGAAGAAAUUAGGAUUUUUCACAGAUUCAACUGAAUCAUUCCGCAAAUUUGCUGAAAAUUACGAGAGCACGUUCAUUAAUCGACGUUGCAGCAAGAUUGUUGAGGAAGCACGAACCCUUAUUGAAGCACCGUUAACAGAAUUUGUUUCAGUUGGCAGCAGUUCGAAUACGGAUGACGAUGAGACUGUUGAAGAAUUUGUUAAACUUGGAUUGCGCAAGCUGGAGGAAAGUAAUGAAAAUGAGGAACAUUAUCCUAAAUUGAUGCGGUUGGUGAGCUGUCAAGUCAGUAAGACAGCUGUCGAUAUAGCAGAUUUAAUAAUAAGAACACUAGAUGAUGCAGCGAAAGCAGAGUCUGCUUCAGCUAUGGCUAAAAUUUUACAAACAGCUCGUAAUAUAGUUGAACUUUAUGCAUGGACGGCACCCCAAAAACAUAAUUUUGAAAUCUCUUCGGUUCCUGUUUUAGCAGGUUAG